AUGCCUGUUGACAACCCCGAGACUAUUCAGGCAGGUGGUCUGGAGCACCUUGACGCCGACCAGGGCCAUCGUGUCUCCGUCACCAAAAACGAGGUUGUUCAGUUCUCUCGCCGCGACUCCGAAUAUGACAAUGUCCCUACGGAUGAGGAGCUCCAUGGCCCUAAUGCUCUUCGCAGAGUCGCAGCUCCCAUUCCAUGGGCUGUCUACACUGUCGCCUUCGUUGAGCUUUGCGAGCGUUUCUCCUACUAUGGAACUCAAGUUGUUUACUCCAACUUUGUGAACCACUCGCUUCCGCUCCCUGCUCCCGAUGGCCCACCAGGAUCUCACCACAAUACCGGUGCCGGUGGUGGUACUGAUCAGGGCAUUUCCGGUGCCCUUGGUCAAGGCCCGGAGACUGCCAACGGCAUCAACACCUUCAAUACCUUCUGGGUCUACUGUGUUCCCCUGCUUGGUGCUUACAUCGCCGACGAACAUUGGGGAAGAUACAAGACCAUCUGUGUGUCUAUUGCCAUUGCCAUCGUCGGUCACAUCAUCCUGGUCAUCUCCGCUAUUCCACCCGUCAUCACCAAUACAACUGCCUGCUACGCCGUCUUCAUGCUCGGUUUGAUCAUCAUGGGAUUUGGGACUGGUAGCUUCAAACCCAACAUCUCACCCUUGAUCGUCGAACAGAUUGAUGUCACUCGGGCUUUCGUUAAGACCCUGCCUUCUGGAGAACGAGUGAUCGUAGACCCCAUCAUCACGCAAAGCAGGAUCUAUCACUACUUCUACCUCUUCAUCAACAUCGGCGCCCUCGUCGGCCAAAUUGGCAUGGUCUACGCCGAGAAGUAUGUCGGAUUCUGGCUCUCAUUCCUGCUCCCCCUUGUCGCUUUCUUGACGACCCCUUUUGUCAUGUGGUGGGGACGGAAGCGCUAUCAGCAAAGACCACCAGCCGGCUCCGUUGUGACAAAAGCUUUCCGCUGCCUCAUUUACGGAAUGAAGGGUCGCUGGUCUUUCAACCCAGUCACCAUGUGGAAACGCACCCGAAACGGCUCGAUCUGGGAAGCCGUUAAGCCAUCCAACAUUCAGCCCUCCCAGCGGCCGAAAUGGAUGACGUUUGAUGAUGCUUGGGUUGACGAAGUCCGCCGUGGGUUUGCCGCCUGCGCAGUCUUCUCCUACUACCCACUUUACUGGCUUGCGUAUGGUCAAUUGACCAAUAACUUCACUGCUCAAGCAGGCACAAUGCAGCUAAACGGUGUUCCCAACGAUGUCGUCAACAACCUUGAUCCAUUCGCCUUGAUCAUCUUCAUCCCUAUCUGUGACUCAUUCCUGUACCCUGGUCUCCGAAAACUCGGCUUCAAUUUCACUGCGCUCAAGAAGAUUACGGCUGGCUUUUGGCUUGCAGCCGCAGCCAUGGUUUGGGCCGCAGUUGUUCAAUACUACAUCUACAAGAGGUCGCCUUGCGGAUAUCAAGCCAACAACUGCUUCAAUGAUGAUGGUACUGUCAACCCGGCGCCUCUCAACGUCUGGAUUCAGACUGGCUGCUAUGUCCUCAUCGCACUCUCCGAGAUCUUCGCGUCAAUCACAUCCCUCGAGUACGCAUAUUCCAAAGCACCUAAGAAUAUGCGAUCUUUGGUUCAGGCUAUUGCUCUCUUCACCAACGCGAUCUCGGCUGCAAUCGCAGAGGCUUUAAACCGUCUCUCAGGCGACCCGCUGCUGAUCUGGAACUAUGGUGUCUUUGCCGUCGUUGCGUUUAUUGGCGGCUGCCUAUUCAUCUGGCAAUUCUGGUCACUCGACAAGCAGGAAGACGAACUCAACUUGCUGCCCGAAGGUUUUGUGGUUGCGCAAAAGGAUGUAGAGGAGAUCUCGAUCAGCGAGCCCCAGCCACAUACUAUUGACGAGAAGCACUGA